CUUCUUUGUUUUUUAGGCAAGUGUUGCCCACUUAUGACAGCCUGGAUGAGCCGUCGGUGAAGAGAAUGAGCACAAUAUUCACCUCCUCUCUCAAUGUGGUCACCACCUUUUACAUCACAGUGGGGUUCUUCGGUUAUGUGAGCUUCACAGAUAACAUUGCCGGGAACGUACUGAUGAACUUUCCAUCUAACCUGGUGACGGAAAUGAUCCGUGUGGGCUUUAUGAUGUCUGUGGCUGUGGGCUUUCCCAUGAUGAUCCUGCCUUGCAGACAGGCCAUCAACACCAUGCUAUUCGAGCAGCAGCAAAAAGAUGGCACUUUUGCCGCAGGAGGGUAUAUGCCACCCCUUCGCUUCAAGAGCAUCACUCUGUGCAAUCGUUUUUGGCACCAUGUUUGUUGGCAUCCUCAUUCCUAAUGUGGAGACCAUCCUGGGUCUGACCGGAGCCACCAUGGGCAGUCUGAUCUGCUUUAUCUGUCCAGCUCUCAUCUACAAGAAGAUCAUGAAGAACGCCUGGACCGCACAGCUGGUUCUGUGGGUCGGUCUGGGGAUCCUGCUCAUCAGCACUGCCACCACAAUGUCCAUUUCCUCCAAUGAGCCGGUGAAAAUAACCCCCGCUCAGGAUGUCCCCGCAAAAACCGAGAACAAGCUUCCCAACAUCAUCGCCCCCGAGUUACCUAAAGUUCCAGUGCAAGAGAAUAGAGUGGAACCUGAUCCAGGAGAGAAGCCAGAUAGGCCCCCGAUUGAGGUUGAACAGCCAGCAGAGAAGAAAGCAGACGAGCCCCCUCAAAUUAAAGUUCCUGUGGAAGUGGUUGAGCAAAAGAAAAAAGAGGAAGAGGUUCAGCUGGACCGCCCUGAAGCAGGUGUAGCGGUCCCAGAAGGCGAAGCGCACCGCCAUGAGCCGCCCAUCCCUCAUGAUGGAGUUCAGAUUGAUGAGAUCAAAAACCAAGAGGAGCUGGAGGAUGAAAAGAAACAACCCUCCAUUGUGGAGGAAGAAAAGAAGCUUCCUGCCAGAGAGGAGGAGGAGCUUCUUGCUGAGCAGGGGGCGGGGCAAGCACAAGAGGUGGGGUCUGAUGCUGUAAAAGAGGAGGAGCUGAAAGAACAGGACGGCAUGGUGAAAAGGGCUGUUGACAAGGCUAACAAAGUGGAAAACCCAGAAGAUCCAAAGCAGCCAUUGGUGGUCCAUAAAGAACCAGAAAACCUGCCUGAAGUGAAACAACAGCAUGGUGACAGUGAAGCCGACGGACAGAAGAAGCUAGAGGAGAAUGAGAAAGCCCCUGAACCUCAGGAAGAGAAACCGAAGGAGAAGAUUGUUGCGGAGGAGCACAAGGACGAGAAGGUUCCAGAUGGGAAAGAUGGAGGAGCGGAGAAAGAUGGAGAUGGAGACAAGAUGGAAGUGAUUAAAAAGAUUGUUGCAGAGGGUCAGUUGGACCAUGCUAUGCUGCUGCAGGUAAUUAAGGAGCAGCAGGAACAGCAAAAAAGGCUCCUGGACCAACAGGAAAAGCUCUUGGCAGUGAUUGAGGAGCAGCACAAGGAGAUUCACCAAAUUAAGGAUGGAGAGGAAGAACCAAAAGCAGUAGAACAGCAGAAAAAGCACUUGGACCAGGAGGAAAAACACUUGCCUGUGAAUGAGGUGGUCCCCCAAGUAAAGGAAGGAGAAGCUGAGCCAAAGGCACCAGCAGCAGGAGAGGGUGCGGGUGAGGUCGAGAAUGCUGUGCCGAGGCAGCAGGAAGGCAUAGAGGUGGCAGGGAAGCCUAAAGUUGCUGUUGAUGCUCCAGAACAAUUCCAGCAACCCCAGGGAGAGCCAGUGCAGGUUCCUGUAGCGGUCGCAGUGCCUGAGCAGCCUGCAGCAAAAGAGGCUCAAGCUGUGGCUGUAGUGCAAGACCAAGGUGUUGAAGUUCCCAAGAAGGAGGAGCUGGAGCUGAAAAAUGAAGGAGUGCUUCCUGAGGUUGGUGCCCGUGGUGUUCCAUUGCGCCAGCGUGAACCAGAAGUGGACAAAAUCAAUCCUGAUGCUCUUGCAGAGGAAGAGGAGAAAGUAAAACAGAAAUUGGCCCAACUGGAGGCAGAGAAGGAGAGAAUAGAAAAAGAAAAGUUGGAGAAGGAAAGGAUUGAGAAGGAGGUGCAGGCCCGGGUGGAGAAGGAGAGGAAGGAACGGGAAAAGAGAGAAGAGCUUGCACGAGAACAGGAGCUAGAACAAGUGCGGCAGCAGAAGGAACAGUUAGAGAAGGAAAGGCUCGAAGCGGAGAGGUUGAAAGAGGUAAGAGAGAAGAUGGAAAAAGAGAUCAUAGAACGUGCUGAGGAGAAGAAAAGAUUGCUCGAGCACAAGGAACGUGUAGACCAGUUGCAGCAGGUCAUCGAUGCACGACGUGAGAAGCAGCAGAAGGAAAGUCUUGAGAAUGAGAAUUUGAAACGGGAACGAGAGAAGAUGGAUAAAGAGAUCAUGGAGCGUGCCGAGAAGGAGAAAGUGAUUCUAGAGCACAAGGAAAGGCUAGAGCAACUACAGCAGGUCAUCAAUGCCAAAAAGGAAGCUGAUGCUCUAAAAGAAGGUCUCCCCCCAAUGCCUAAGCAGAACGGUGGAAGGGACUUAAAGGAGAACAUCGUCCCACUUCAAGAGGAGCAGAAACAGGAAAAGAGGAGCAGAGAGGACGGCGGACUGGACCUUAAGAGGAGGCGCAGAGCUUUGGACCCGCAGGGUGAAGGAGGCGCUGACCUGGAUCUUCUGCAGGACGUAGGCGGUUUAUACUUAAAUCCUGAUCUGAAGGGGCAGUUUCUGGCGGAGUCUUUGGUUCACACACGCCAGCUUCAGCAGACAUUUCAAAGACAGGAGAAUGAAGAGUAGGUUACUGUAGGCAAGGACAAGCAUGGGUGUCACUAUGGACUGUGGGGUCUGUGCACAGGCUUUUUUUCUAGGCACCUUUGGCAGAAAGGAGGUUCUGGAAGGAGCAUCUCCCAAGGUACAGAUAUGGCUUCUUUAAAAUUUUGGGCCUUGUACAUUCUGUGGCAUUUGUGAAACCCCUGAUGACAACCUCUAGGACCCCAUGAACCUCUCACUGAGCCUCUAAAAUGGAUUGUCAGGAACGCAUGCUCGAAAACCAAGUGAUCUGGAUGUGAGAAGAGUCUCUAUCUCAUUUUAAAAGAAAAGGCCUUUAAGACAAAAGCAUUCCUUUUGGGAUUAUGAUGACAGUGGGCACUUUGAUUUGAUCCUUUAGUUGUCCACCGGGAACCCUGAACUCAUGGUCCCUUAUGAGCCUCUAUUAUUGUUUUCUAUGAGAUUUUGCUGAAUCUGGUGCAAUAAACUGAAUGUCUGGUGUAAUAAACUGAGCAGGCAUCACAUUAAAAACAAGCCUUGAUGGGCACACAGGGCAUUUUCAGAAUAUUAUGUUUUGGACCAACGCAUAGGAAAAUGGCACAAGUAUACACUCUUGUGGCUGCUAUGUAAAUUGCAAGAAAAGUGCUGAAAUUUAAUUGAAGGUUUACCUUCUGAAAAUUAAAGUUAAAACAUUUAUAUAAAUAUAAAGCUUUUAUCUUCUUAGGACCUGAUAAUUUUUUUGUUCUGUAGGAACUAUUGGACCAUUUACUGUCCUGUAAUGUUGAAAAUGGAGUGAUAAUGUUACCUUGGCCAACAUAAUUAGGGGUUCAUCCAGUUAGAAUAGUACCAUAUUAAAAAAAGGUUCUUAUCUGAGACUAAAGUCACCGACAUAUUUUUGCAUCACUAUGUGACUGAACGAUUUUCCCAACAGAGACUUAAAAUAAUGGAUAGUUCCCGCAAACCUGUUUUACUUUCUUUUUUUAAACACAAAAGAAUGUGUUUUAAGAAUGUUGGAAACCAUAAGCCGUAAAGCAAUGGUCUCAAACUCAAUUCCUGGAGAGUCACAGCACAGUUCCAACCACCUUCAACUCACACCUGCUUAAUCUCUAGUAGUGUUGAGCACUUUGAUUAGUUGGAUCAGCUGUGUUUGAUUAGGGUUAGAGCAAAACUGUGCAGAGCUGUGGUUCUCUAGGAAUCGAGUUUGAGACCUACACCGUAAACCAUUUUGUAUUGAUCCAAAGUCCUUUAUUAAAUGUUUUUCUAUUUGAAUGCAAUCAAGUGUGUGCCUUUUGAAGAAAGUGUUAUUCUUUGUGGAUCUGCAGUAUCAGAUUUCCUUUCAAAUAGUUAAUUUAUGAUAAUUAAUAGUUAGUAAAUUUAAAAUGUAACUAUAACUAUUAUUUAGAUAAAUCCUCUAUAAGUGGAUGGAAUAUUUGAAUUGAUGUUUCAGGUGAUGUUAAAUGUCUGAUUUCUUGUUAGCUGCGUAAAAUUGUGCAUAGUGAUUUUGUAAGUCUCUGAUUCUGUUCUGUUUUGAAAUUGGACCAUAUAGAUAUUCCUGAUUUACUGUUGAACAUUCUUUUAGUUAGUUCCUGGUUUUUACUGUGCAAUGGGUUAAUUUUCAGGGUUGCAUUGUUUUUUUUACAUUCCAUGUUUUUUCUCAGUGCCUUAUGGGUUGGUGUUUGUUCUGCAGUGUUUGUGAAGUCUGUUACACCCACACUGUGUGUGGAUUGAGUCUGUUUUUCCACUAACUGCAUUCUCUAUACCUUGCUGGUUAAACUGGUCAGGGUAAUAGACUAUUCUUUUGACGAAUUUCCUGAUCUUCGUCUUACUUUUGUUAGUUCAAACAAGAAGUAUGGUUUAGGGUCAUGAGGGAUUAAUGGAAUGCUGCCUUCUCAUUGGUCUAUAACUGAUCAGUAAGCAGAUGUUUAAGUGACCAGAUCAUGUGUGGAUCUAAAAAGGUCAUAUUACAAUGUUAAUAGAUUUCAAAUCUUGGUGACUGUUUGGCCUAAACCAUUUUUUGUUUUGUUCUUUAAUUGGGUAAAAUUAAUAAAGAAAAAACAUUUAUAUGUUA